UAAAAGACCGGGUUUACCCUGGUCAUGCACUGUCAAAAAAAGGAAGACAUCUUGCCCAUUGAGGAAGUUAGGUUGUUGACGACAACCCGUUCUCGACUCGUUUGAUAACCCCAGAUUUGACGAUACGAUGACUCGCGUCACCGCCGUCGACAUUUACACAUCUCAUAACGCUGGGCGAUUCAUCAAUCUCAAAACCGACAAGAUCAAACAAACACGCAUGCAUAAAAUCUUGAUCCUGCAUAGCUCAGACAGCAUGAACGACAAGACUGCAUUCACCUUCACCACGAUACUUCAACCAGGUGGUGGCGAACAAUUACUGAUUACAUCGAACGUUUACCUUUAUGCUUGCUAUAUCCUGAUUAUCUUCUAUCACUGGUAUUUCCGUUCUUCUCAUUCGCUGCUCUUCUGUCUUUUUCCUUCUUGCCAACCUCAGACGUAUAUGAUCAAUCUGCAGGAACGCUUCGUCAUCAGUGAUUGUCCGCUAGGGACGGAUGCCACGAUGACACAUGCUACCAUUGCCGGGAGAUCCUCUUCGCCUUGUUCAUCCGUAGUGUAUAUUACUUGUCAUUGUGUCCUGAGUCAGGAUCUGGCUAACGGCAAGUUGAAGAUCAUUUUUAGGGUCAUUGAGCGACAGGAUCUCCAGGAAUACCUAGUCUUCUCUUCUGUUCACAUUUUGCCAGAAGAUCUGUUCCAUGGGAGAAUCUACUGCACUAGGACAGAGUUCCAUCUCGUGGGGAUGUGAUGCAGUCUGUGAUGCAACAAAGCUAUAACCGGAUGCUUGUAACUUUGGCAAUACCAAACGUUACCAUGGAGAUCAUACAAUAUACAGCUAUACUAUACUAUACUAUAC